AUGUCAGCAGACCCCGAGGAUUAUGAUUUCAGCCUUGACGAAGAUGAAUACACGCUUUUUGAGAGAUUUAAACGUCCGAGGCUUAGUGGAACGUACGAGGUUGUCGAGAUUGACGUUGCGGGAAGGGCAGGCCCACAGCCAUCCUCAGAGAUUGGGCAAGAGCCAGAGUCAGCCGAGGCUGGGGAGGAGGACGUACCGCAGGAGCCAACCGGGACAGCCCAGGAAGACCCUCACAGCAAGAGAGACCUGUCCAGCCCAACUAAACCAGGGAGCUCCCAAGGGUUGAAAUCAGAGACGUCCAGACUGGGUUACGAUGAAAGGUAUGAGAAUCCAAGGUAUGAGAAUGAUGAAACAUAUGAGAAUGAAAUGUAUGAGACCUACAUAGAUCCACUGGCGGAGGUUAACCAAGCUCUUACAUACUAUGAACUCACAGAGUCAGCUACAGAAAUAAUAGGUCCAGAAGCUCCUAUCGGCGAGUCAAGAUUGGAAAUACCAGAAGAGACUGAACAAGAGGUUCCAGAGAAACUAUUUGAGGAACAAUAUGAAGACAUAGGUCUAGAGCCUUCAGGCCAGAUCACACCAGUGAUCACACCAAGUGAGAAAUCAGUCGAAGAGAAAGUACAGCCAGGAAAGAUGACUGAAAAGGAAAUUACAGAAGACACACGAAAAGACUCAAUUGAAAAGAAAAGUAUGGAGCUAUCAGAGCAGAGCAAACCAGAGUUUUCAGAUCAGAGACCAAGAAAAUCUACCGAAGAAGCAGAUCCAGGGUCUCUAGAAGAGAUUAAGGCAAGGGUUCCAGAUGAAAAACCAGGAGACUCGACUAAGGAGGAAGUUCCAGAGUCACUGGAAGAGAGCAAACCAGAGUUUUCUGGUGAAAAAUCAAGAAAAUCAAUUGACAAAACAAGUCCAGAGCCAUCAGAAAUUCCAAAGGAGACAAGAAGAAAGUCAUAUAAGGAAAAAGUUACAGGUCCACCAGAAGAGGCUGGUGUAACAGUACCACAAGAGAUGGAACCAGAGAAGGGGCAGAGAAAGUCAUUAGAGGACACCAAACCAAUAGAUCAAAAACAGAAGCAGAGGAAAUCAAGUGAGGAGACAGAACAGGCAACACUAGAGAAGUCUGAAACACUAAAAGAAUCAACAGAGGAGAAAGGUGAAGAACUGCCAGAGCAGACUAAAUCAGAGUUUCCAGAAGAGGAUUCAGGGAAAUCACCUGAUAAAACAGAUCAAAUUCCACCACAGUCGCCCAAACUAGAAGUAAAAGGGGAAAUAGAAGUAGAGAAAAAUCUCAAGUUAUCAGGUAAAGACAAAACUAGGGAGAAACAUGCAGAAUCUUCCGAGGAAAUCAGUUCAAAGCAAAUCAAAUCUGAUGGUUCUGUGGACAACGAUGAGCGUGCACACCCUGAGUAUCAAACAAGAAAGUUGUCCAAAAAAGAAACUGACACAGCUAGAGAUAGUGAAGUUGAAUUAGUGAGUAUGGAUGAUUCAGUCUCAUCUCCAGAACUCCAAAAACUACUUUCUUUUAUCAGUACAGAAUACUUUCACUUACGCUCAAUGUCUCAGGAUGAGGGAACAUCCUCUAGUUCAGAAUUUGAUCCAUCUCAAGAAUUGGCGGAACUGUUUAAUAAACGGUACCAAUUCCAGUAUAUAAAAGACUUUGAAUAUCUGACAUGGAGCCCAGAGAAAGUUGCAGAUUGGAUUAGCUAUUUAGGCUUCCCUCAAUACAAGGAGUGUUUUACUACAAACUUCAUCAGUGGCCGAAAACUCAUUCAUGUAAACUGCUCAAAUCUCCCUCAAAUAGGGAUAACAGAUUUUGAGGACAUGAAGCUAAUUUCUCAUCAUGUACGAGAGCUACUGAGAAUUGAAGAGCCAUUGUUCUGCCGUAGCAUCAGACUUCCCUAUAGGGAUAAUAUUGGCUUGUUUUUAGAACAAAAAAGUCAUACUGGGGUAAAGUCUGAUUCCUUGACCUUUACUGAAUUUGUCAAAGCAGCAGGAUUACAGGACUGUGAUCCAAAAACGACUGGUCCCGAAGAGAAAAAGUGAAAUGAGCC